AUGGUUCCGCAGUCCCCGUCCUCCCCGGGGUCCCUGCAAGCUGUGGCCGAGCGCAGCGGCGGGCUGGAGGCUAGGAAGGUGCCCUUAGCUCAAGGCCCGCAGCCCGCCAAGCGCCGCCCGCCUCGCUGGUUUUCCUCCCGAGAGGCCACGGCGCCCCCCGGCGGCGGCAGCGCCGCACGGCCCCACCUAGCGCCAAGUCCCGGGCUCCAGAGUCAAGCAGAGGAGUUUGGUCCGGGCUUUCCCCGCCCCUUCGAGGGCGGGACCCGAUGCCGCCCUGCCUCAGCCUCCGCCCCGCCCCCGCGGCGUUCCUCGCGCAACCUCGUCAGGGGCACUGAUUGGCUGGCGCUCUGCGUGAAGGCGCUGCGUCGCGGGGCGGGGCGCGCGCGCGGCGUCCGUGGGCCUGAGGAUUUGAGUCAUAAUCGAUUGUCUAACUGGAACAUCAGCUUGGAGUCACAAACACUGCAGGAAGUGAAAAUGAAUUAUAAUGAACUAACUGAAAUUCCAUAUUUUGGAGAACCAACAACUAAUAUUACUCUACUUUCAUUAGUUCAUAACUUAAUCCCACAAAUAAAUGCAGAGGCAUUCCAGUUUUACCCUGCUCUUGAGAGUUUAGACCUCAGUUCCAAUAUAAUAUCAGAAAUCAAGACAUCUUCCUUCCCUCGAAUGCAGCUUAAGUACUUGAAUCUGAGUAAUAAUAGAAUAACCACUUUGGAGGCUGGUUGCUUUGAUAAUUUAUCAAGUUCCUUAUUAGUGGUAAAGUUAAAUAGGAACCGGAUUAGCAUGAUUCCACCUAAGAUCUUCAAGCUGCCCCACCUCCAGUUCUUGGAACUUAAAAGAAACCGGAUUAAAAUUGUGGAAGGUCUUACAUUCCAAGGGCUUGAUUCCUUAAGAUCUUUGAAAAUGCAGCGCAAUGGAAUUAGCAAACUUAAGGAUGGAGCAUUUUUUGGUUUGAAUAACAUGGAAGAACUAGAACUGGAACACAAUAACCUUACUGGAGUGAACAAAGGUUGGCUGUAUGGCUUGAGAAUGUUACAACAGUUAUAUGUGAGCCAGAAUGCUAUUGAAAGAAUCAGCCCUGACGCAUGGGAGUUCUGCCAAAGACUGUCUGAGCUAGAUUUGUCCUAUAACCAGCUGGCCCGUCUUGAAGAGUCUGCCUUUGUGGGUCUGAGCUUACUGGAGAGAUUGAAUUUGGGAGACAACAGAGUCACUCACAUUGCGGACGGUGCAUUUAGGUUUCUUUCUAAUCUUCAGACACUUGUUCUGAACACAAGCAGCCUGCUCUGUGAUUGUCAUUUGAAAUGGUUGCUUCCGUGGCUGGUUGACAACAACUUCCACCAUUCUGUAAAUGUGAGGUGUGCACACCCAGAAUGGCUCUCUGGGCAGAACAUACUGAAAGUGGACCUGAAAGACUUUGUCUGUGAUGAUUUUCUCAAGCCACAGAUAAGAACGCAUCCCGAAACCACAGUCGCCCUAAGGGGCGUUAACGUGACGCUGACCUGUGCUGCAGUGAGCAGCAGCGACUCACCCAUGUCUGUUAUGUGGCGCAAGGACGGUGAGAUCCUGUGUGAUGCGGACGUGGAGAAUUUUGUGCGCUAUCAGCAGCAAGCUGGGGAAGCUCUGGAGUACACCAGCGUCUUGCAUCUUCUUGGGGUGAACUUCACAGAGGAAGGAAGAUACCAGUGCAUUGUUACUAAUCACUUUGGCUCCAAUUACUCUCAGAAAGCUAAACUGACUAUAAAUGAAACACCUUCAUUCAUUCGCCCUCUGGAGGAUAAAACAGUGACCCGAGGUGAGACAGCGGUGUUACAGUGCAUAGCUGGAGGGAGCCCGGCCCCUCGCCUCAACUGGACGAAAGACGAUGGGCCACUGCUGGUCACCGAACGACACUUCUUUGCCGCGGCCAACCAACUUCUCAUCAUUGUAGACGCUGGGCAAGAGGACGCUGGGAAAUAUACCUGCAUUAUGUCUAACACCCUUGGGACAGAACGCGGCCAUAUUUACCUAAAUGUCAUUUCGUCCCUCAAUUGUGACUCUUCUCAGAACAGCCUUGGGCAUGAAGAUGAUGGCUGGACCACAGUUGGCAUUGUCAUCAUUGUCGUGGUGUGCUGCGUGGUGGGCACCUCCGUGAUCUGGGUCAUUGUUAUUUACCACAUGAGGAGGAAGAACGAAGACUAUAGCAUCACAAACACAGAGGAACUCAAUCUGCCUGCAGACAUUCCCAGCUACUUGUCCUCCCAAGGAACACUGUCCGAACCCCAGGAAGGCUACAGCAGCUCUGAGGCUGGCAGUCACCAGCAGCUCAUGCCUCCUGCCAAUGGGUUUGUACAUAAAAGCACUGACGGUGGCCCUGGUACCCGGGUGAUCUGCUCAGAUUGUUACGACAACGCCAACAUCUAUGCAAGGAACCGCGAAUACUGUCCCUAUUCCUUCGUUGCUGAGGAAGACGUUCUGGACCACUCUCUCUCCAGCCUCAUGGUGCAGAUGCCCAAGGAGACAUUCCUGUCACUUCCUCCCCAAGAGGUCCCUGCCCUGGAGAGCCUGAUACCAUCCAUAGACAGAGAGCAGGCUGCCUUUCCCACCAACCACGAAAGGAUGAAUGAGAAGAAACUUCCCUCCGUGCAGAUGAGCAAUGGAACAGCGCAGCGGCCUCUGUGGAACAUAAACAAAGAACUAGGUCUACCUUCUCUCUCCUCCCCUCAGCCUCAUCCAAAGGAGGGUCUGGUGGAGAGGGUCCCUGACUGUUCAUCCUCCAUGCCGGCCCACAGGUUACACGAUUUCAGUAGGACUCGAGCCAUUCAAGAUGGUUGUGAGGGCACUUGAAGCCCUCUCCAGGAAGAGAAGGGUCAGAAACUCUAAUUAGUUUUGUAUUUACUACCUCUGCGUCCGGAAGGAACCCCAAGGUCAGCGCUGGUCUUACCUUUGUUUCUGACCACACAGUGUAGGUCUGGCCGUUGUGCGGGCUUAUUCCUGAUGAAGGGAGGGAGUGGCUGGUGGAUACAUGGAUCAAAGAGGAGUAUUCGGGCAAAUGUGCUUCCUGGUGGCUCCUGGGGUGUGCCCAGGUGUGCAUUGCCCACCAGAAAGAGCCCCAUUGCUGCUUGUCCCAGUUCUAGAAGGAUCCUGAGAAAACACUUCUACUUUGAUGUUCUCUUUGCCUUCCGAGAAACAAAAAUAACUUGGGAGCCCUCUGGAAGGCGAGUGUGACUGGAAUUGUUGAGAGGUUUUAAGCAGACAGUUCAGACAAGGCUUUGAUAUUCAAGGUCUGCAGCAAGAAUCCCAGGUUUGACCAGUUGAUACCAGGUCAAAGGUUUUGUAUUCCCUAUUGCCUAGGGAUGCUAUUGUAAAUAUAUGUGCAUUUAUAAAUAAUUUUUCUAUUCA